CAAACCGUCGGGUAUCUCCUUGGCCGCUAACACAGGGUGACAUUUUGGGUUAAAAUGUAUCUUCGUCCUCGCUCGCCUUCUUUCCGCAAAGCAUGACGGACAGACACGUCUGAUCAGGAGGGAAACGUCGUGCUGAACAUCGUAGGUGAGCCCAGUUUAUCUGAAGGAUGGAGACUCUGAUCCCCACCAUCAACCGGCUGCAGGAGGUCUUCCUCACAGUGGGUGCAGAGGUCAUUCAGCUGCCUCAGAUUGUCGUGGUUGGAUCUCAGAGCAGUGGAAAGAGCUCGGUGCUUGAGAGCCUGGUCGGACGGGACUUCUUGCCUCGAGGAUCAGGAAUAGUUACAAGACGACCGCUGGUGUUGCAACUAGUUAAUAUUGCCCCUCUGCAGGAGAGACAGAAGACCGAAAAUGGAAAUGGGAUAAAUCAAAAUGCCUCAAACAGCUACUCAGGUGUCAAAGCUGAAGAAUGGGGCACAUUCCUGCACUGCAAGAACCAGAUCUUUGCAGAUUUUCAGCAAAUCCGUCAGGAAAUUGAAACAGAGACUGAGCGUACUUCAGGCGAGAACAAGGGAAUCAGCCCUGAGCCCAUAUAUUUGAAGAUUUUCUCUCCCAAAGUCCUUAAUCUCACUCUGGUCGAUUUACCUGGAAUUACUAAGGUUCCUGUUGGGGACCAGCCAGAGGACAUUGAGGCUCAAGUGCAAGAGAUGAUCUUGUCCUUCAUCUCAAAUCCAAACUCCCUCAUCCUCUCCGUGUCCCCUGCCAACUCCGACUUGGCCACCUCUGAUGCACUGAAAUUGGCCCGUGAGGUUGAUCCAGAUGGUCGUCGAACGCUGCUGGUGGUCAGUAAGCUGGACCUGAUGGAUGCAGGCACUGAUGCUUUAGAGGUCCUUCUCGGCCGAGUCAUCCCUGUCAAGCUCGGGAUCAUCGGGGUGGUUAACAGGAGCCAACAUGACAUCAAUACUCAGAAGAAGCUGGAGGACUCAAUGAGGGAUGAGCAGGCCUUCCUGCAGCGCCACUACCCCUCGCUCGCCUCCCGCGCUGGCUCACGUUAUUUGGCCAAAACUCUCAGCAGGCUUCUGAUGCACCACAUCCGGGACUGCCUCCCAGAACUCAAAACCCGGGUGACCGUGCUUAGUGCCCAGUACCAGACAAGGCUCAACAGCUAUGGGCAACCGGUAGAGGACCACAGCGCCACCCUGCUGCAGAUUGUCACCAAGUUUGCCAGCGACUACUGCCACACCAUCGAAGGAACAGCCAGAUACAUCCAAACCUCAGAGCUCUGUGGGGGUGCUCGCAUCUGUUACAUAUUCCAUGAGACCUUUGGCCGCACUUUGCAAUCCAUCGACCCCCUCGGGGGACUGACUGAGCUCGAUAUCCUCACUGCCAUCCGCAAUGCUACGGGUCCGCGGCCAGCCCUUUUUGUGCCCGAGGUGUCAUUUGAGCUGCUGGCAAAGCGGCAAAUUAAGCGUCUGGAGGAGCCGAGUCUCCGCUGUGUGGAGCUCGUCCAUGAGGAGCUGCAGAGGAUCAUCCAGCACUGCUCGUCCUAUAGUACGCAGGAGCUUCUGCGGUUUCCCAAACUGCACGACUCCAUUGUGGAAGUAGUGACUGGAUUACUGCGGAAGCGUUUGCCGAUUACUAAUGAAAUGGUACACAAUUUAGUAGCAAUAGAGCUCGCCUACAUCAACACAAAACAUCCAGACUUCGCAGACGCAUCGCAGGUCUCUGCUUCUGUCAACAGUCAGCAGGCAGAGGCCCUCGACGGAGGGAAGCGCUGGAAGAAUGAGAAAGUUGCGGAGGAGAAAGCCCCGCCUUCAGGCUUUGGCAGCCCCAGCAAGGGCCGGGCCAUUAACCUCCUCGACACAGCGGUGCCCGUGGCCCGCAAGCUGAGUUCCAGGGAGCAGAGGGACUGUGAGGUCAUCCAGCGGCUCAUCAACUGCUACUUCCUCAUUGUCCGCAAAAGCAUCCAAGACAGCGUGCCCAAGACAGUGAUGCACUUCCUGGUGAACUUUGUGAAAGAGCAUCUGCAGAGCGAGCUGGUGGGUCAGCUUUACAAACAGACACUGCUGGAGGACCUGCUCAUUGAGUCACAGGACACGGCACAGCAGAGGACCGAGGUUGCUCAAAUGCUUGAGGCGCUCAAAAAGGCAAAUAACAUCAUUUCUGAGAUCCGAGAGACCCAUCUGUGGUAGCCAGAGGACACAAACAAAUUCCCUUGUCAUAAGACAAAUUUGAGAGUAUAAGAGUGUCUGUGAGUUUACAGCAGAGAAAGUAAGAGCGUGUGUGUGUGUGUCUUUAUGCUUGUUUGUUUGUGUGUCUAGAUUUUCUUAUGGACCAAUGACCAUAGCACAUUUAGAUCUUGAACACUGGAGCUGUUGGUUUUUCACUGUGAACGUUGUGUAAUGUUGGAAAUCAUUUAAACACUCAGGCCCACUCAGUGUUAUCAAGAAAUUUAAAUGGUAGCCGCAAACAAAUAAUUAUUUUGCUUCGUUUUGUGACAAAAUAUUUGUUGGGUCGUACGAUUGUUGCUGUAAAUGUCAAAUGUCAAUUAUAUGUGGAGUAUUUAAGAUGUUCUCCAGGGUGUUUUUUUGAUCAAAAUGUAACUUGCACUGUUCAAUUUCAUACUUUCCAAAAACUGGGCCUCCUCUGAGCCCCUUCAGCAGGUGCUAUGAACUAUGUUAGGUUUGUUGCUUUGCGACUUUAAUCUCCUUUGUUGGAAAACAGAAGUGAAAUGGAAAUUCGACUUAAUAAAAGCUGACUGCAGAGCAACACAGAAUUCACACCUCAAUGAUUUUAAGAAAUUACAGGAUGGUUGCAGAUUGUUUUUCUCCAGCUCUGCAGUGUAAAAACAAUAUCAGGUUUAUUUUACAGUCACAUUUACAUAUCUCUGUGGGUGUGAAGUCUUAUACUAGGAGACCAUGCAUCCCAUCACAGGUUUGCCUCUGUUUGUGGGAGGUUUUUAGGAGAGGCAGCUAUAGUGUGUAGUGUAUAAAACUAUGGUGUUAGUGAGUUGUUAUUAAAAUAUUUUUUUUUAAAUGCAGAAGGAAAUAACAUGCAGGUACAUCAUAUGACUUCAAUAUUCUAUAGCCUCUCUUCACUUCUUCCAAACUAAUUAUCCACGGAUUUCCACUUUAAAGGAUUCAGUGCUUGCUGCUUGAAUCUUUCUAAGCGUAGAGACCAAAGUCGCCUGGAUUAAGAGAUUCCGUAUGCGGAUUCCUCCUGCAUGCAUUUAUUUGUAAACUAUCAACUUAUAACCAGAGCCAUUCUAUUGUGUAAUGAUACUUGAUGUUUAAAAUUCUUCUUUUUCCAUCCGAUGUUCCAAAUAAGGUUGAUUGUCAGGUUAAUUCGUCCCAAAUGUAAAGUAGGAAUUAAUGUAAAUCUUUUCCCUGAGCUGUAUAACAAAUUUCCCUAAAAAUGAGGUUUUUUCACCAUCAGACCUUUUCUGUUCGAUCAGGGAGCAAACACAACAUUGCAUGUGUGUGUUCAGUAUGCAUGUGAGGACGUAUGAAUGAAUAGCUCAUGUAUUUUUGUAUUAUUUAAAUGUACCGGGGCAGCCAAAAGGUCUGAGACCUCCCUCUCUGAGUUUUGGACCCCAGCUGUUAUUGUUAUCAUGUGUGGAUUGCCUCUGAGUUCUUGCCUGCCAAUAUUUGUUAUACCAUGUUUACCAAAUGAAGUCUGUUCGGACUGGAGGGACUCAUUAAAAGAGAACA